CGCGGAUAGUUAUGUUUGUUCAAACCUGUCCACCACCAUGUCGUCCGAACAGCUGGCUCAAUUGCAGAAGCCUACGGGCGAAUAUCGCCAGUAUCUCCCGGAUCUUAGUCUGAAGCGCUUCCAGGUGAUGCACAGCCAGGAUGCGCAUGAGUACGCACAUGAUUUCAAGACGCUGCGCCAUCCGCCGUGGCUGCACGCGCUGUAUAUGCACUGGUUGGAUUUGCUGCAGGAGCCUUUUAAGGGUGUUACGACUGAUGGAAACGUGCGCCCCGGUUUGUUCACACUACAAGACGAAGGCGUCCCUAUCGCGGAGAUUGUCACUGCAACCGAGUCGCUGCUCUCCAUUCUUGACGACACCCAGCGCCAGUCCCUCAGCUACCACAUCGAUUCGCCCGAAUGGCGCACAUGGUCCAACCCGGAAUUCCUCCUUAGCCACAAGGGCCUGCGUCUCGACGAAGUCACCCCCUCCGUCCGCGACGCCAUCAUGCGCAUCCUCGAGACGACGCUCUCCCCCGAAGGCUACGACAAGGCCGUCAAAGCCAUGCGCAUCAACCACUUCCUGGGCGAGCUGGUCGACUCCCCCGCACCCUGGGGCUGGUCCUUCUACGGCCACCAUCUCUGCCUCAACAUCUUCCUUUACAAGUCCCAAAUCAUCGCCUCCCCGUGGUUCACCGGCGCCGAGCCCAACGAGAUCGACAGCGGCCCCUACGCAGGCACCCGCAUCAUGCAAGUCGAGGAACAAUUCGGCCUGCAGCUCAUGCAGUCUUUAGCACCCUCUCUCCAGGACGACCAGCGCCACCUCUGCGGCGCAUACCGCGACAACCGCGUCGUCCCCUACGAGGGCAUCCCCGCUACUUCCCUCACCGAGCCCCAGAAAAAACUGCUUUAUGGCAUCCUGGAGCAGUACCUCCUCUACCUGCCCGCGCGGGCGCGGCAGCUGAAACUCGCGCAGGUCCGCCAGUAUGAAGACGAGACAUACUUCUGCUGGAUUGGCGGGUUCGGCGACGAGGCUCCCUUUUACUACCGUAUCCAGAGCCCUGUUGUUCUGAUUGAGUUUGACCACCACUCGGGUGUGUUUUUGGCUAAUGAGGAGCCGAAGAAAUUUCAUAUCCAUACCCUGUUGAGGACGCCCAAUGGGGCGAUUACGGGAUGGCGCUGCGGCCAUUGAUUCCGGCUGUGGAGGGGGUUAAUGGGAAGGAGAUUACCUGGGAGAAGUCGGC